AUGAAUUCUCUUCUUUCAAAGUUUUUCUUAGUUUUCACUUUCUUCUCCUUCAACCCUUUAUUCUCAUUAGCCUCAAAAUCAUCUUACAAAGAAUAUUGUGCUUCCAUCAUCCCAGAAACAACUCCAACAACAAAGAAAUUCAACUCUUUCCCUUUAAGUGAUCACAACACAGGUUACUACAUAGGAGGUGAUAGUAUCAUCAACAUUGAUGCUUCUUGGAACAGAUUCUCCUUAUACUUUCCACCAAGAAACACAUAUGCAACUUCACAUCCUCACCUUUUCAAAAUUGAAGGCACUAUAUCCUUUACAACCAACAAUGAUGCUUCAUAUUAUAAUCAUCAUCAUCAUAUGGGUUACUUAACCUUCAAGCUUGAUGGUUUUUGGUCUCAAUCUUCAGGGAAUGUUUGCAUGGUUGGAAAAAGCAAAGGUGUUUCGAAAAAAGGUGAUUCUCUCAAUCUUGAUGUUGUUUUUAAACUUAACAAUGUCUUCAAUUCAAUCAAUAUAACUAGUUUGGUUAGUGGAAGCUUAGAGAGUUUGAGUUCUGAAAAGGAUGAUGAUGAUCAUUACUUUGAACCAAUUUCUUUAAUGAUGUUUCCAAAAGCAAAUUAUAGUUAUAGUUUGGAUUCUAAAGAAGUUGAAAACGAGUUCUCUUUUGGUAGCGACGAUGAUGAGGAGGGUUUAUCAUUAAACUUUGAUUCAUUCAGUUUUUGUAAAUAUCCUCUUUCGAGUGCUAUUCGUAGACUCCAACUAGAGUACACUCAUGAGUGCAAUUCUACAAAGAAUUGCACUCCUAUAAUUAGUGGAAGUUCCAAUCAAUUGCCAUCACAUAUGUCUUUGAAAGGAAUUGAGUGUUCUUCAAAAAAGAAGGAUAGGAUUAGGGUUUUGGGGGAAUUUUCGAAUAGUUUUGUUUACUAUUGGAAUAGGAAUAAUAGCCAAAGCUUCAAUGCCAAAACUAUGUUGAUAGGGGAAGGAUGGUGGGAUGAGAAGAAAAAUAUGUUGUGUGUAGUUCUUUGCCAUUUCAAUGGUAGCAAAUCUACAUCCUUGGAUGGAACUCAUGUUGGUGAUUGUUCAUUAAGAUUAAGAUUGAGAUUCCCCUCAAUUUGGUCAAUCAAAAACAGUAGUAGCAUAGUUGGCCAAAUUUGGAGUAACAAAAGUGCUAAUGAUCAAAACUACUUCAAAACGAUAACAGUUAGGAAGGAUGAUGCGAAUUAUGGUGUGGGGGGUAAAGACUUAAGGUAUGAAUAUAGCCAACUUGAUAGAGUUAAUCAAUCAUGUCCACCACACAAAGUUAUUGAGAACCAAGGGAAAAGGUACCCAGAUGCAUAUUCAUAUGACAUGAAAUUUGAUAUGUCGAUUAGAGAGUCCAAAAAAAAGUAG